AUGUCUGUCUGGGUUACUGAGGAGGUCAUCAAGAGGUCCCUUCGUUUUUGCUGCAGCAGGUCUCUAUGGCAACAACGUUGUUUCCUGGUAACAGCAUCAACUCCAGACUCAUCUUUUCCCGGCCAGACACAUGCACGCAUUUUGGACCGAAGGCUGAACAGGUUAUGUCCCCUGGGGAGACAUGUUACUGAAAUAAGGUUCUACUCUCAGGGUAAGAAUCUCAGUGAUGAGUUGGAGGGGGGGAAUCAUUUUACCCCCAAACUGGCUGUUCUGCCCCCUUCUGCUGAGAUUAAGUUUGAUGAGUCAGACUCAGAGCAGAAGCCAGGGAGGUCCCCUUUCUAUGACUACCUGCAGUCCUGCCACUCCCCUUCAGAUGUGUUAGACCUUACCUGUAAGUACUCGCCCACAAUACGCCAGGUCAGCAACUGCCUGACGCAAAUGUGGUCCUCCACCAAGAAAAUGUCAGACGAUCAGCGGCGCUGUGAGUUGCGGUUAAUGUUCGAGCAUCCCGCAUUUGAGAAACUCAUGCAAAAGGCCUUGAGUUCCGUCCAGCACAUGCGCGACGAUGACUUGACUUACUCUCUCCUUAGCAUGGUCAGUUUGGGCGUGCCUCAACAUAGCCGUGUGGUCCAGACUUACCUACGAACCUGUCAGGACAGGCUGAAUGACUUUGAUGAGAAGAGUCUGUCCAUCUUGGCUUCCUGUCUGGAACAUAUGGAGGACAGUCCCAACGUGGAUGCUCUAAAGGAAGGCCUGAGGCUGGUCGUUGAGACCCAUCUUCCCAGGAUUCAGAAUGUAAUGGCUCUUCAGACCAUGAUGCGCCUGUUGGGAAAAGAUUCCCCAAAAGAGCUUAAAUUGAAACUUGAGAAAAAGGCCUUAUCGAUGACGGACCAGUUCAGCCUUCCCAAUGCUCAGUACAUGAUCUCCACUAUGGCCGCGAUGGGCUUCCACUCCAAACCACUGCUGCAUGUCUGCAGUCAGAAAAUCGCAGAAAACCUUCAUGGGAUCCCAUUUAGCAGAUUAUAUAAAGUGCUGCAGUCCUGUAAGGUGCUUCUCUUCAGGGACUUGGAUCUGCUGGUUGGCAUUUCAGAUUAUGUUGCCUCCACCCUGGACAUAUGGUCCAACAAACAGCUGCUGCUUUUCUUAUCUGUGUUCGAGGACCUCGUCUUCUCUCCCGCUGCCUUAAUGACGGCUUUUGCUGAGAGAGUGAUUGCCAAACCCGGAGCCCUGACGCUUAAAGACCUCCUGUGUGUCCUCAAGGUGUACUCCUCUCUCAACUUUGAUCUUCAGCACCAAAGGGAACAGUUCCUGGAGAGCCUGAGCCAGGCCCUCAGCUGCUACCUGCCAAAGAUGUCCGGGAUGGAGCUGCUGAAGGGGGCCUACUGUCUCUGUCUGCUGGGCCACUUCCCCCCAGCUCUGCUGGAGGGGCUCCUGCACAGCAGCGCGCUGGAGCAGCUGGAAGCAUCAAAGCUUCCUAAGAGUCGGGAAAGAAUGCUGCAGACAGUGAGUCUGUGCCUCCGCCUGGACCGGCCCCCCCUGCCUCAGCCCCUGACGGUCCCCCCGGCGUUGCUGGGAAAUGCCCCCCCCGUCACCUGGUCGAUGAACUCACGGCUCUCACAGGGGCUGCAGAGUGUGCUGGGGGGGCAGAGCUCUUCAGGCCUGCAGGAGAUGGUGGUGGUGGAGAACUUCUACCUCAUAGAUGGUCUUAUAACCAAACCUCUGCCAGCUAAAACCUCAGAGACAGAGGCCAGUAUCUGUACAGAGGAAACGUUUUCUCCAGCAGAGAGCAGCCAAAGAAUUGCCGUCAUUUAUGGCCCAAACUCCAGUUUUUGCUAUGGUACAUCCACUCCCCGGGGUCCCCUCGCUGUUAAGAUCCGUCAUCUGAAGAUCCUGGGAUAUACUCCUGUCCUGGUUAAAGAGCGUGAUCUACAGCCUGCCACUGAGGAGGAAAGGACAGACAUCCUUAGAAGACUGAUUUUCCCAGAACAACACACAUCAGAAAGCCUAAAAUAG